AUGUUCUCCAUCCAGGACAGCCUCCCACGGGGAGCUUUGACCAUGAAAGAGGAGCCUCUUACGAGCGGCAUGACACCGGUCCGCUCGUGGAUGCAGAGCGCGGGGAUUUUGGACGCGAACACGGCGGCACAAAGUGGCGUGGGCCUGGCGCGGGCUCACUACGAGAAGCAGCCACCGUCCAACCUGCGCAAGUCCAACUUCUUCCACUUUGUGCUGGCGCUCUAUGACCGGCAGGGCCAGCCCGUGGAGAUCGAGAGGACCUCCUACGUGGACUUUGUGGAGAAGGACAAAGAAUACAAUGGGGAGAAGACCAACAACGGCAUCCACUACAGGUUACAGCUUCUUUAUAGCAAUGGUAUCAGGACAGAGCAGGACCUCUAUGUGCGGUUAAUAGAUUCCAUGACCAAACAGCCUAUCCUGUAUGAGGGCCAGGACAAAAAUCCUGAGAUGUGUCGCGUUCUCCUCACCCACGAGAUCAUGUGCAGUCGGUGUUGUGACAAAAAGAGCUGUGGGAACCGAAACGAAACCCCUUCAGACCCAGUCAUCAUCGACAGAUUCUUCCUGAAAUUCUUCCUCAAGUGCAAUCAGAACUGUUUGAAAAAUGCAGGGAACCCAAGGGAUAUGCGGAGGUUUCAGGUGGUGGUGUCCACGACAGUCAAUGUUGACGGACAUGUCCUUGCUGUCUCCGACAACAUGUUUGUCCACAACAACUCCAAACACGGCAGACGGGCACGUCGCCUGGACCCCUCUGAAGCCACGCCCUGCAUCAAAGCCAUCAGCCCCAGUGAGGGGUGGACAACGGGGGGCGCCACCGUCAUCAUCAUCGGGGACAACUUUUUUGACGGGCUGCAGGUUGUCUUCGGCACCAUGCUGGUCUGGAGCGAGCUCAUCACGCCCCAUGCCAUUCGGGUCCAGACGCCACCGCGACACAUCCCUGGGGUCGUGGAGGUCACGCUCUCCUACAAGUCUAAGCAGUUCUGUAAAGGAGCACCGGGCCGCUUCGUCUACACAGCUCUGAACGAGCCCACCAUUGACUACGGCUUCCAGAGGUUACAGAAGGUCAUUCCCAGACACCCGGGAGACCCAGAGAGACUACCCAAGGAGGUGCUGCUGAAGAGGGCAGCAGAUUUGGUGGAGGCCUUAUACGGAAUGCCCCACAACAACCAGGAGAUCAUCCUGAAGCGUGCAGCAGACCUGACCGAAGCCCUUUACAGUGUCCCCCGUAGCCACAACCAGCUUCCCUCCCUGACCGGCUCAGCUGCUCACUCCGGCAUGAUGGGGGUCAACUCCUUCAGUAGCCAGCUGGCUGUCAACAUCUCUGAGGCCUCGCAGGGUGAUCAGGGCUACUCUCGUAACUCCAACAGCGUGUCUCCCCGUGGGUACGUGCCCAGCUCCACGCCCCAGCAGUCCAACUACAACACCAUCACUUCCACCAUGAACGGCUACGGGGCAGGCAUGACCAACCUGGGGGUCCCAGGGUCCCCCGGCUUCCUCAACGGAUCUUCCGCCAGCUCUCCGUACGCAAUCAAACAGAAGAGCGCCUUCGCCCCUGUCGUGCGGCCACAGACUUCCCCGCCCCCCACCUGCACCAGCACCAAUGGGAGCAGCCUACAGGCCAUGGCUGGUCUCAUAGUCCCACCCAUGUGAGGGCGGAUGGAGCACCACCUGGCUUUUCAUCCUAGAUGAUGGACUUCAGAAUCACUGGCCUCCUGAAAUCUGUCAGACCGCCACUUUCCAAAAAACAACAACAACAAAACCCACCCACCACCCCCAUCCCACGGAGGAACAUCAGACCCACAGAGACCCGGAGCCCCCGAAAAAGACCAAAGGACUGAAGCUGCCCCGGGAUGCGGAACUGCACCGUCAUCGCAGCUCCCAAGCCCUAUUAGGCUUCAGUACAGGAGAACCUUGAAUGUCUUCACCCUGCACCUCCGCAGAAGGGAAACAAAGAGAAUCUGAAACAUUUCCACAGGGCAUUGUGGGGCAACUCACCCAAAGCCUCGCGAAGUCAAAAGAAAUGUAUUAAAGAAUUACACGCAGGAAAAUGAAAUCACGUAGUAGCUCUGCUAUCUAAAUUAAAUUUAAAUGUAAGAAAAUUAAAUUUUAAAAAAGUGCAAGAAUUCAUUUUCAUAUGUAAUGAAAUCCGUUCCUCGGAUCGGUCGCACGUGUCAGGCUUUCGCAAAAGGGCAGCCCCUUGAGCUUAAGAGCCCCUGAAGCACGCUGAGGAGAGAUGUUUUAAACGGUAGCAGCGUGGUUACGAGAUGAAGAGUACUCAAUCCGAGGUGGCGCACAGGCUAGUGCGUAGGUCGACCAGGUCCCUCCAUGCCAUUCGGGUCCUGUAGCUGGAAUACGUCACUUUCCAAUGAUGGCAAAAUAUAGUCAUUCAGUCACUGUGAACAAAGGGAAGCGUUUUCCAUAAAGCUUGCCACUGCUGGUCAAGGAGGUAAGGACAAGUUCCUGGAAAUGCAACAUUCACUCCUCUUUCCUUGACAGUUUCCACACAAAUGAUAGGUCACACUUCGUCCAGCACAUUUGACUAAUAUUAAUCAAAUGAAUAAUACACUUAAUAUACAUUUAGUGAAGUUUACUUUUAUCCAUUCAUUACAAUGAUAUGAGCUGCUGCUUCAGCUGUCACUGGGAUCAACAAAUAAUGUGUGAAUUAUAAAUAAAGAGACUACACUUGCUGGAAUUUAAGGACAAACCACAAGGUAAAGUGAUUGAAUAGACUCUUUUCCCCCUGUACUCUGACGGUCUGAUGUCAUUUUAUUUGAUUUUAUUUUUCUUCUUUUUGUAUUGUAGCUACUGAGUUUUUGAUUCAAUUUCCGUGAUUGAGAUACAUUGCAGAUUAAUACCAGCAACCGCAUGGUCACCUCUGAGUAUGUUUUUUAUAUGAAAAGUGUGUGUUUAUCAUAUUCAGAGGGUAACGUAGUGCUUUUCGGGGCUGUGAGUGGGAUUGGUAUAUGCUGUAGUUGACCCUCCAUACUUACCCUUGUUAAAAAGUAAUAUAUGUUACAAUAUAAAAUCCAGAAUAUAAGGAAUAUAUUUUAAAUAUUCAACCACAUGCACUGCAUAUAAAAAGAAGAACGAUUGCCAGUUUCAUCUUUUUAAACUUAUGCAACUAUCAUAUAUUAUACUUUACAUCUACAUAUCUUGUAAAAUAUGCACUGUAUUAUUAUACUAAAAUAUGGCAAUUAAUAUAUUCUGUGAUAUAUGCAGCAUACUUUUAAUUGAAUAGAAUUACGAUAUAUUCCAUAAUUUGGAUUGCAUGUUUUGACAUAUGGUACUAUUUUAUAAGGGUAUGAUGAGGGUCCCAUUUUAAAAAGGGUUUAUUGAUAAAUGUUUGUCUUUUGGCUUUAGUUCCUGCUCUUCAAAAAAAUGGAUCACAUUUGAUUGAUAGCAGGGAAAACCCCAAGCAUUUGGGACCAAUAGAUUUGGGAGGUGAAACGUUUGCAAAAUAAACCACGGCCCAAAUAGAUUUGUUUCCUGGUUUGUGCAUCUGUAGAGUUAUAUCCAAGAAUGCUUUCUGCAAUUUUGGAUCACACUUAGGCACCGGGUUUAUCGUUCAACUUCUUAUUGUGCUUUUUUGUAUGUAUUUAUAAAGUAUGUUUUGGGAUUUCUUUGGUGAUUUAGGCCUGAAUAAUAGCAGCAAAAUAUAUGUAAAACACAUUUGAUGUCUUAAUACCUUUUAGAUAUUGUACAAAUAAACACAAAACAACAAAAAAUCAUCCACACAAAACUUUUGUAAAAAACAAACUGAAAGAAGUCCUAAAUCAGAUCAGAUCACCCCUGGUUUUUUAAAACAGGAAGCUCCAUCUCUUUUGUAUAAAAAUGAUUUCCGAUACUAUAUUUAACUUUUUUGUAUACAGCAGUUGUGUUUUUUCCCCCCUUGCUCCUCUUCUUGUCUUCUGUGUAUUAUUGUGAAGAGUGUAUAAUCAUAGUUAUUUCUUAAUGCACUGUUUUAGUUGGAGCACUUAUGAGAGCAAUGCAUCUUAGCAAGCAAAAAAGACAUAAAAGAAAAAAUGUGUAGGACAAAUAUGCACCAAUAUGUUUUUGAGGUACUUUGCCUUUAUGUUUGCUCAUCCUAAGGGAGACUCAGCUUUUUUCAUGGGGAUUUUAUAAUUCUAAAAAUGAUCAUAUUGUGUUCCUCCAUGCAGGGUUCCAUCAUCAGAGGUUAUUUUCAUAUCAACCAUGUCACAUAAUCAAGCUUAGUGCUGAACGGUGAACUUGUUUUUGCCAUUUAUGCUGUAACCUGUGCUCAAAUCUACAUGCUGUGUUUGGCAAAAAAAUAAAUAUCAUGCUUGUAUUGAACAUAGCUCCAACAUGAUUGGUUCAACUUCAAACCCACGCACGCCUCCACCUCAAACCGGAGGGGCUCAUGGGAAAAAAGAUGGCAAAGGUUGAGUGUCCCUUCAAAGCGGAACUUUUGCAUUGAUGUUAUCGUUGUUGUGGAUGUUGUUAUUGUCGUUGCACACGAUUCUGUAUCAUUUACUUAUGCAAUUUGUAUUACUGUAAUGC